AUGCAGCUUAUCCUUGACGCGGCGCAGGCAGGCGAGGUCUCGGACGCGUGGUGUGCACGAGGAAAGGGUGCCGAGGUAUGGGACGGCAUCGACUUUGACCCGUGCUUCCGCCUGAGAGUCUUCGACGGAGUCAUCCCACUCCUCUUCCUCUCCCUCUCCGCAUCGUACCUCCUCGUCCGGCUUUUUUCUCUCGCCCGCCGCUCCUUCCCUCGCUCGUCCUUUGGGUACGAACAGCUACCAACCGUCGACGCGUCCUCUCGAGGGACAGCCGGCUCGAGCCCGAUCGCACAAGCCGAAUCUCGCGUUUUGCGAGAAGUUGCGGAGAAGCAGAGUCCAGACUGGCACGACCCGUCGACGCAGAAGGAGUUGCUCGGCGACGAUGCGGAGCCAGAUGUUGUUGAGGCGGAUCCUGAGGCGGAAGAGACCGGUCGGACUGGGCUCGCGCUCGCCGCGAGGGCGGUCUGGGGAUGCAAAAAGGACGUCUUGAAUGUCGUGGCGAACGCUGCGAUGCUCGCCCUCUGCACGCUCAAGACUAUCAGGGCUUUCCAACGCGGAGAGGGUGGACGUGCAUGGGUUGCAACGGAGAUGGCAUCUUGGGCCUGGGCUUUCAUACUCUCGGUCGCAAAAGUCUGCCUCGCCAUCCAGCACCGCGUCUUCGCCCUCAGCCACCCGUCCCUCCCUCACCGCAACGUCUCGCCCGCCUACACCCUCCUCGAGCGCAUCCUCAUCCCGUACUAUGUAUCCUUCGCCAGUCUCACCGGCUUCUUCGACCUCCGCUCCGCCCUCCUCGGCAAUAAGACCUACCCCUACACCGUCUCCCGCGAAGCGCUCGCCAUCGAGGCUGUCCUCUUCGCCACCUCGUCGUUCCUCUUCAUCGUCGAGUUCUUUACGCCACGCCCAUCGCGCUACUCGUCGCGCUCGUCCCGCACCCAGCGACGACUUAGCACGACCGACAAGUCCCUUCCCCCUUCGCCAGAGAUGCACGCCUCCCUCUUCUCCCUCGCAACCUUCUCCUUCCUCGAAGGCUUCCAGCUUCGCUCCGCCUUCCCUCGGAUCUUCGGCGCCGGCUCAAUCAAGAUGGAUACGAUUCCCGACCUUCGAGCAGACGACAAGACCGCUCGAGUAGUCCUCUCGUUCCGCCAGUCGAUGCGGACGCUCGAUACGCGUCUCGCUCGACUUCCGCUCUUCAUCCGUCGACGGAUCCUCAGCGACCCAAAUGCAGGCGUCGAGGGACUCGGCCUCACCCCGAAGUUGAUCUACCACUUCUGGCCCGCCCUCGUCGCGCAAAACAUCUGGUCCCUCGGUCGAGUCGUACUCAACCCCAUCGCACCCCUGAUGUUGCGAGGGAUCCUUGCGCACAUCGCCAAGCGCGAGAGGGGCGAGUAUGCACCGUUUCAUGUGCCGAUACUGUAUGCUUGGGGCAUGUUCCUCGGGACGAUCUUGGGAGGGAUUUGUUCGAGUCAGGGAUUGUUCAUUGGGAGAAGGAUCUGCAUUCGGCUUCGGUCCAUCAUCGUCGGCGAGGUCUUUACCAAGGCGCUUCGACGGAAAGACCAGGCUGGCUUGUCGUCCGCCAAGCCCACGGAAGAGGCCGACGUCUCACCCACUGCCGACGCAGCACCGAAGCCGACCUCGAAGGCAACGCCGGCGUCAGGCUCCGAAGCCGACGACCUCGACGAGGAGGAGCUCGGAAAGGAGCUGGAGAAAGCGUCGUCGGGCAAGAUCAUCAACCUGAUCAGCGUCGACACGUACCGACUCUCCGAAGUCUGCGCCUACCUGCACUUCCUCCUCUCCGAGAUGCCCCUCUCCAUCAUCGUCAUCUGCUAUCUCCUCUUCGACCUCCUCGGCACGAGCGCAGCAGUCGGUAUCGCCGUUCUCACCCUUCUCGUCCCGAUCCAAGGUCGCAUCUCCGCUCUGUUCAACAUCUACCAGGAGAAGCUCCUCGCGGCAGCCGACCAGCGCCUCGAAUUGACGACCGAAGUUAUCGGCCAAGUCCGCGUCGUCAAGUUCUUCGCGUGGGAGCGAAAGUUCCUGGAGAUGAUGGACGCGACGAGGAAGAAGGAGCUGAGCGCGAUCUGGAAGAGGGCGUUGACGAUGGUUGCUGGGAACGGGUUGAUGUUCGGCGCGCCGUUCAUCGUUGGAUCCGUAACGUUCGUCUUCCACACCAAGGUCCUCGAACGCCCGCUCACCGCCGAGACCGCCUUCACCGCACUCGCCCUCCUCCAGGUUCUCCGCUCUCCCCUCGAAGGCUUUACCGACAUGUUCGUCAACGUGCUCCAAGCCUACGUCUCGCUCAAGCGUCUCGACGCCUUCAUGCAAGAAGAAGAGACGCACAAGUACUCGCUUCUUCAGAAGGCGACCUCACUCGAGGACCCGGUCAUUGGCUUCGUCGACGGGACUUUCACCUGGUCGAACGAGGAUGCGGCAAGGCAGGACACAAGCGUCUUCCGCUUGAAGGACCUCGAUCUUCGAUUCCCGGAGGGACAGCUCAGUAUCAUCCUCGGUCCAGUCGGAUCCGGCAAGACGACCCUCCUCCAGUCCCUCCUCGGCGAGACGAACCGCCUCUCAGGAUCCGCCUUCCUUCCUUCGCCCGUCAUUAGGUCGACCGAUUCGGACCCAGCCAUCCUCACCGAAACAACCGCGUACGCUUCGCAACAGCCUUGGCUCCUCUCGGCCACGAUCCGGGAGAACAUCCUUUUCGGCUCGCCUUUCAAUGCCAAGCGUUACCAGGCGACGCUCGACGCCUGCGCGCUCCAGCCCGACCUCAAAGCGCUCGAACUCGGCGAUGAUACGGAAGUCGGCGAGAAGGGGACGGUGCUCUCGGGCGGUCAGAAGGCGCGCAUCAGUCUCGCUCGCGCAAUCUAUUCGCCCGCCAGAUACGUCCUCCUCGACGACGUCCUCUCCGCCGUCGACUCGCAUACAGCGCAGCACCUUGUCGAAAAGUGCCUGACCGGCAAGGUCAUGCGUCACCGCACCUGCGUCCUCGUCACGCACGCGGUCGACCUCUGCCUCCCGGUCGCAGGCUUCGUCGUUACCCUCGACCAAAGCACCGUCGUCUCUGCCGGCCCGCCCGACACGCUCUCGCAGUCGCGCCUCCUUGAGCUCGAGAAGCAGGACAAGUUUGCCUCCGACGCGAACGAGUCGAGCUUCUCGACGAUCGAGGCGUUGGCGGAUGGCGAGACGGAUGAAGCGCUCCGGCAGCACCAGGAGGAGGAGCGGCGCAAGCGGGCGGAGAAGCUCAAACUCGUCAAGGACGAGACGCAGAGCGAGGGCGCAGUCAAGAAGGAGGUGUACUACACGUACAUCCGGGCGUUUGGCGGAUGGAGCGUCGCCCUCGUUGCGCUUGCGAUCUUCGUAGGCGCUCAGCUGGCAGACAUCGCCAUCUCGCUUGCGCUCCGGUACUGGGCGAACUCGUUCGACAGGAAGGCCGAGUCGUUUGGCACCGUUUUCGUUUCGACAGUCGCCGCUUCUACCGGACGCCUCCACGCUGUCCCGAUCCGUCUUGCUCAGGCAGCCCGCUCGGUCUCGCAAGGCGAUCUCUCGGCGUCGUCCAUCCUCGGCGAGGAUCGCAAGCUCGACUCGGACUACUGGCUCGCCAUGUACUGCCUCCUCGCCGUCGUCAACCUCGCCUUCAUCACGGCGCGCGCGGCGUUCUUCUUGUGGCGCGGACUCUGCGCUAGUCGCAUCCUUUACCGUCGCCUGAUCAGCCAGAUUCUCGGAGCGCCCAUCCGCUUCUUCGACUCGACGCCGACCGGCCGCAUCUUGAACCGCCUCAGCAAGGACAUGGAGACGAUCGACCAGGACCUGAGCCAGACCGCCAUGUACUACACCUUCGAGCUCGUCGCCGUCGCAGGAAUUACCGGCACCGUCUCGGCAACCCUCCCGGCGUUCCUUCUCGCGGCAGCAGCGAUUUCAGCAGCGUACUGGUUGCUGGGCUACAUCUACGUCGCCUCGUCGCGCGAGCUCAAGCGUUUCGAGUCCGUCACCCGCUCGCCCAUCUUCUCCGUCUUCGGCGAAAGCUUGCAGGGCGUGUCGACCAUCCGAGCCUACGGUGAUGCGAGCCGGUUCAUGCGCCACAUCUUCCAGCUCCUCGACGAGAAUAACAGGCCGUUCUUCACCCUGUGGCUCGCCAAUCGAUGGCUCUCCCUCCGUACCGACGUCUUUGGCGCCAUCGCAGCGUUGAUCGCGGCGCUCUUCGUCAUCUUCGCGCGGUCGAUGGACGCAGCGCUCGCAGGUUUCGUUCUGUCGUUCGCUCUCAUGUUCCAAGAACGGCUCCUCUGGAUCGUGAGGCUCAACGCCCAAAUCGAGGUGCAGGCUAACUCGGUCGAGCGCAUUCAGGAGUACCUCGAGCUUGAGCAAGAGUCGCAGGGCGGCGUCCAUCCUCCCGCCAUUUGGCCCACUCGCGGCGGCACGAUCUCUGUCAACAAGCUCACCGCCUCUUACGCGCCGAACCUCCCUUCGGUACUCAAGGCCGUCUCGUUCGAGGUCAAGGGCGGCGAGAAGGUCGGCAUCGUCGGUCGGACAGGUUCUGGCAAGUCGUCGCUCGCGCUGUCCUUCUUCCGCUUUAUCGAGCCGUCGAGCGGCAACAUCACCAUCGACGGUAUCGACAUCAACACGCUCAAGCUCGAGGACCUCAGGAGCCGUCUGACGAUCGUCGCGCAAGAAGCGGCACUCUUUGCCGGUAGUCUGCGAUUCAACCUCGAUCCGUUCGGCCAGCACGAAGACCAGGCGAUUUGGGACGCCCUCCGCCGCGUCCAGAUGGCCGCGCCUGGCGCGUGCGGCGUCACGCCCAAGCCAACUCCUGGCCCGAGCCGCGCCGUCAGCCCGACCAACAGCGACGACGAGCACUCGGAAGCGACUGCUACGGCCGAAGACGAGCGCUACGUCGUCAAGAGCCUCGACAUGCCGGUCAAGGAGGGCGGGAAGAACUUCUCCGCUGGACAGCGCCAGCUCCUCGCCCUCGCGCGCGGCAUCCUCAAGCUGCGGUCGUCGUCCAUUCUCAUCCUGGACGAGAGCACCGCUUCGCUCGACCAUGCGACAGACGAGCGGAUCCAGGAGACGAUUCGGUCGGAGAUGGCGGACGCGACGAUUCUCUGCAUUGCUCACCGCCUCCGCACCGUGAUCGACUACAACAAGAUCCUCGUCCUCGACCACGGCGUCGUCAAAGAGUUCGACACGCCCUCGAACCUCCUCGCCGACGCUGAUUCGAUGUUCUCGGCGCUCUGCCAGAAGUCGGGCGAGUACGACGUGCUCAAGAAGAUGGCGGACGACGCGGCGAGGCAGAGGGGAGAGUUGUGA